AUGUUAAAAUUUAUACGUGGAAAAGGUCAACAACCAUCAGCGGAAAGACAACGAUUGCAGAAGGAACUUUUUUCAUAUAGAAAGACAGUACAGCAUGGAUUUCCUCACAAACCGUCCGCCGUGGCCUACGAUCCGAUAUCUAAACUAAUGGCCAUUGGAACCCAAACGGGUGCUAUCAAAGUGUUUGGCCAACCUGGUGUGGAAUUCUACGGACAGCACACUCUUAUCAGCAAUUCAGCCGCUGAACUCAAUGUGCAGCUAUUGGAAUGGGUGUACGGGACGGGCCGUGUUUUGUCAUUGACUGCCUCCAAUCACCUAAUUCUUUGGGAACCGGUUGGCGCAACAUUGGUUGCCAUCAAAACAUUACCUUUUGAUGGAAAACUGAAGAAAGUUUCAUCGCUUUGUUGUUCGUUAAAUAAAGAUAUUGUUUGGAUUGGUACUGAAGGUGGUAAUAUAUAUCAAUUCGAUUUGAAUUCAUUCUCAAUUCGCGAGCCGGUUAUUUAUCAUGAUAUUGUGUUGGAACAAGUACCACCCACAUACAAGCUAAAUCCAGGUGCUAUUGAAUCGAUUCGUCAGUUACCGAAUGCGCACAAUAAAUUGUUGAUUGCAUAUAAUCGUGGAUUGUGUGUUUUAUGGGAUUUGGAAACAUCUGCAGUGAUACGCGCGUACAUUGCGCCCGGUCAUGGUCAAAGUGUUGGACUGUUUGUAAAUGCGGAUGGCACACAAUUCACUUGGUAUCAUGCAGAUGGUUCGUACGCCUCGUGGAGUUUGACAAAUGCUGAAGCGCCGAAAAAUGUCAAUUACGUACCAUAUGGACCAGAUCCUUGUAAAAGCAUUAAUCGGCUUUAUAAAGGCAAUCGAGGUACCGCUGAAGUCGUUAUAUUUUCUGGUGGCAUGCCACGUUCAGCAUAUGGCGAUCAUAACUGUGUAUCUGUGCAUGCAAGCGACGGCAAUAAGGUGUGUUUGGACUUCACAUCGAAAGUUAUCGACUUUUUUGUGACAUACCAAAAUAAUACCGAUAACGUCCAAGUACUUGUCGUACUAUUGGAAGAAGAGUUUUGUGCCUACGAUUUAACUGAUAGCAAAGUUCCUGUUAUUAAAGCACCAUAUUUACAUUCAGUGCACGCCUCGGCUGUGACAUGCAAUUACCUUGCAUCGCAAGUUAGCCAGGAAGUCUACAACAAAAUCGUGCAUGCUGGAGAGGAACAAGAUGCUGAUUGCAGCCACAUAGAAUGGCCCAUAAAUGGUGGCAUUUUGGAUGAGGAAGUGCCUGACGAUAUCGACAAUGAGGAUGCGCGUUUAUAUGAAAUAUUGUUGACUGGUCAUGAGGAUGGCUCUGUCAAAUUUUGGGAUUGCACUGGCGUCGUACUGAAACCACUUUACAAUUUUAAGACCGCGCUAUUAUUUGGGCAUGAAAAUCAAGAUGAUAUACCGGCAGAGUCCUCAGAACCCGUAGAUGAGUCGGAACCACCAUUCCGAAAAUCAGGUCUAUUCGAUCCAUAUUCCGACGAUCCCCGUUUGGCGGUUAAAAAAAUAGCAUUGUGUCCCAAAACCGGUCGACUUAUUGUUGGUGGCACUGCUGGACAAAUCGUUAUUGCAAAUUUUGACAACGGCGAGAAUGACAGUGCACCACUGAAAGCAAGUUCGAUGAAUUUGGUUAGCGAUCGUGAUGGUUUCGUCUGGAAGGGUCAUGAUCAGUUGACUGUACGUGCAAAUCUGCUUGAUUCCGAUGCGGAGCCCGUAGGCGAUGUUGGUGUUGAAAUAACGGGUGUGUUACAAGUUCUUCCACCUGCAAGCAUAACCUGUUUGGCUCUGGAAGCGAAUUGGGGCUUAGUAGCUGGUGGCACUGCACAUGGUCUUGUUUUAUUUGAUUUCAACACUUUCCUACCAGUUUUUCAUCGAUGCACUCUUAAUCCAAAUGAUUUAACGGGUGCUGGUGAGCAAUUAUCACGCCGUAAGUCAUUUAAGAAGUCUUUGCGUGAAUCAUUUCGUAAACUUCGUAAAGGACGCUCCACGCGAAACAAUCCAACACAGGUGGCAACAACAUUGGAAUCGCGUCCGAUUGAACGGCAAGUGGAAGCUCGUUCAACCGACGAUGGCAUGGGCUCUAUGGUGCGCUGUUUGCAAUUCGCAAAGACAUUUAUAACCAACGUGAAUAUAACUUCGCCCACCCUAUGGUCAGCUACAAACUCGAGCACAGUAUCAGUUUUUCUUUUGCAUUUACCAGCUCCUCUAACUGCUGCUACUAAUAUACCACCAGUCAGCGGUAAUGCCGCCGCAACUACUGCGGCCACACAACCACGACGAGUUUCAGCACAACUGGCAAAAGAAAUACAACUAAAACAUCGUGCACCUGUCGUUGGUAUUGCUAUUUUCGAUCAACAUGGCUAUCCGGUGGAUCAGCAAAGUAAUAGUAGUGCUGUUUCACCACCACAUCGUUUGUUGAUCGCAUCCGAAGAACAAUUUAAAGUUUUCUCACUGCCACAAUUGAAACCAAUCAAUAAAUAUAAGUUAACAGCAAACGAAGGAGCACGUGUACGACGUAUACACUUUGCAUCAUUUUCAUGCCGCUUACCGUCUGAUUUACUGGCGCACGGCGUGGGUGGUAGUCCGUCCAAAUCGAUUUCAACACGUUCACAAGAGAAUGCCCAAGAUGUAGCUAAUACUAGCGCCAAUAACACAAGUGGAAGUGUUGGAGCAGAUGCACGUUUGUAUCAUGAAAUGGCAUUACUUUGUCUAACCAAUAUGGGCGAUAUAGUGGUACUUUCUGUACCUGAAUUAAAACGCCAAUUGAAUGCUGCAGCUGUCAGGCGCGAAGAUAUUAAUGGCAUUUCGUCGCUAUGCUUUACAAAUGGUGGCGAAGCAUUAUAUAUGCUCUCUUCUUCUGAAUUGCAACGCAUCUCUUUAUCCACUACAAAAGCCGUAACACCACAAGGUGGCAUCGAAGUGGAAGAAUUGGUUAAUGAAGAGCAAGACAAUCCGGUUGACGAUGCGAAUAGUGUUACCGAAGAGAAUCAUGAACACAUUGACGCCACAAGUUCAACUUCAACGCAUUCGAACGACCCGAGCCGGAAAGAUCGCACAAAACCGCUCGAAGUCGAUAUCGAUCAGCUAAAGGGUGGUGUAACACUAACGAAUGGCGUUAAUUCGACAACUGAGAGUAAUUCUCCUAAUCGUGCCAACGAAACGAUCACCAGUUCAGUAGGUGACAUUACUGUUGAUUCUGUGCGAGAUCAUCUAAACGCCACUACAACAACAUUAUGCACUACCACAACUGAAGAAACUGUCGGACGACUCUCUGUAUUAAGCACGCAAACUAAUCAAACUUUGACCAGUGCAAAUAUGAAGGAUGUCACCGAUUUCAACAUACCGAAUCUUAUGGAUUUGGCUCCUUUAAGCAAUACAACCGAAACUAAUAGCAGCUCUGUGGUUAUCAAAUCUAUUAUUACUAGUAUUUCACAUGAAAAGACUAAUGGAGAAACGGAAACAGUUACAACAAAAACCACACAACGAGAAGAAAGUCAAUUUUAAAACCAAACUGAUAAAAUUUACUGCAUAGAAGGAAUGUCCACUCAAAAAAUCAGCAUGGCGAAUGCAUUCAAAAUAAUUUUUCACUGGAAAAUUAUUAAAUCGCCUUUGUUUUUGCAAUAUCAUUUUUUUUUUUUAAUUUUAGCAAUGCUUAUCUUUUAACUUUUAUAAGGAAUUUCCGCAAAUAUCCGAAUAACUGAACUAUUCUAUUUAUGCAUCUGUCAUUUUAGCUUGUAAGUUUUUUUUUAA